UGGGAAAUUGGCGCUGUUAGGGAGAAGAGAAACAGAUCGAUUGCCCUUGUGACUCCCCGCCCUCCCCCUCCCAGCCCGCCCCCCGCGUUCCUCGGCCCUCCCCCGCCGCCUCCCGCACCCCGCCUCCUCCCCUCCCCGCCCCCAAGCCUCUCACCCGCGUCAGGCCGGUGCGAGGCCCCCUCCAGAAGGUGAGCGGGAUGGAUUGGACUCCGGCGGGGAAAGCGGGUGUCUCGAAGUGGUGCUAAUGGGAAGAGAUUUCUGCUCUCCAAAGAAGAUGCGCUGCCACAAAGAGCGGCUUGCGCGCCGGCCUGGGCUCUAGCCCGGGAGACAUCCCGGGAGAACUCCGAGCUCGGAGCGCUCGGCUAAGACCCGGGCAACAUGCCUGUUCGCAGGGGGCAUGUGGCACCUCAAAACACCUUCCUGGGGACCAUCAUACGGAAAUUUGAAGGACAGAAUAAAAAAUUUAUCAUUGCAAAUGCCAGAGUGCAGAACUGUGCCAUCAUCUACUGCAAUGACGGGUUCUGCGAGAUGACUGGGUUCUCCAGGCCAGAUGUUAUGCAGAAGCCGUGCACCUGCGACUUCCUCCAUGGGCCUGAGACCAAGAGGCAUGAUAUUGCCCAGAUUGCCCAGGCGUUGCUGGGGUCAGAGGAGAGGAAAGUGGAGGUCACCUACUAUCAUAAAAAUGGCUCCACUUUCAUUUGUAACACUCACAUAAUCCCAGUGAAGAACCAAGAGGGUGUGGCUAUGAUGUUCAUCAUUAAUUUUGAGUAUGUGACAGAUGAAGACAGUGCUGCCUCCCCAGAGAGGGUAAACCCAAUCUUACCAGUCAAAUCUGUAAACCGGAAACUCUUUGGGUUCAAAUUUCCCGGGCUAAGAGUUCUAACAUACAGAAAGCAGUCCUUGCCACAGGAAGACCCGGAUGUGGUAGUCAUUGAUUCAUCCAAACACAGCGAUGACUCUGUGGCCAUGAAACACUUUAAGUCUCCCACGAAAGAAAGUUGCAGUCCCUCUGAAGCAGAUGACACAAAGGCCUUGAUACAGCCUAGCCAGUGUUCCCCCUUAGUGAACAUAUCCGGACCUCUGGACCAUUCCUCUCCCAAAAGGCAAUGGGACCGCCUCUACCCUGACAUGCUGCAGUCAAGUUCCCAACUAACACACUCCAGAUCAAGGGAAAGCCUCUGCAGCAUCCGGAGAGCAUCUUCAGUUCACGAUAUAGAAGGCUUCAGUGUCCAUCCCAAGAACAUAUUUAGAGAUCGACAUGCCAGUGAAGACAAUGGUCGCAAUGUCAAAGUUUCACGUUCCUGGAUGGCAGGGGGGCCUUUUAAUCAUAUCAAGUCAAGUCUGCUGGGGUCCACCUCGGAUUCAAACCUCAACAAAUACAGCACCAUCAACAAGAUUCCUCAGCUCACUCUGAACUUUUCAGAUGUCAAAACUGAAAAAAAGAACACAUCCCCUCCCUCUUCAGAUAAAACUAUUAUUGCACCCAAGGUCAAAGAACGGACACAUAAUGUGACAGAGAAAGUAACCCAGGUUCUUUCUUUGGGAGCAGAUGUCUUGCCAGAAUACAAGCUGCAGACACCACGCAUCAACAAAUUUACAAUAUUGCACUACAGCCCUUUCAAAGCAGUCUGGGAUUGGCUUAUUUUACUACUGGUCAUUUAUACUGCUAUCUUCACCCCCUACUCUGCAGCCUUUCUCCUCAAUGACAGAGAAGAACAAAAAAGGCGAGAAUGUGGCUAUUCUUGUAGCCCUUUGAAUGUGGUAGACUUGAUUGUGGAUAUUAUGUUUAUUAUAGACAUUCUAAUAAACUUCAGAACAACCUAUGUAAAUCAGAACGAAGAAGUGGUAAGUGAUCCUGCCAAAAUAGCAAUACACUACUUCAAAGGCUGGUUCCUGAUUGACAUGGUUGCAGCCAUCCCUUUUGACUUGCUGAUUUUUGGAUCAGGUUCUGAUGAGACAACAACAUUAAUUGGUCUUUUGAAGACUGCGCGGCUCCUUCGUCUUGUGCGCGUGGCCAGAAAGCUGGAUCGCUAUUCCGAGUACGGCGCCGCGGUUCUUAUGCUCUUAAUGUGCAUAUUUGCCCUGAUUGCCCACUGGCUGGCUUGCAUCUGGUAUGCGAUUGGGAAUGUAGAGAGGCCCUAUCUGACUGACAAAAUUGGAUGGUUGGAUUCCUUAGGACAACAAAUUGGGAAACGUUACAAUGACAGUGACUCGAGUUCUGGACCGUCCAUUAAAGACAAAUACGUCACGGCACUUUAUUUUACCUUCAGCAGUUUGACCAGUGUAGGAUUUGGAAAUGUGUCUCCCAACACCAAUUCGGAGAAAAUCUUCUCCAUUUGUGUCAUGUUGAUUGGCUCCCUAAUGUAUGCAAGCAUUUUUGGGAAUGUUUCUGCAAUUAUUCAAAGACUGUACUCGGGGACCGCCAGGUACCACAUGCAAAUGUUGAGAGUGAAAGAGUUCAUUCGCUUCCACCAAAUCCCCAACCCUCUGCGGCAACGGCUUGAAGAAUAUUUCCAGCACGCAUGGACAUACACCAACGGCAUUGACAUGAACAUGGUCUUAAAGGGAUUUCCAGAAUGUUUACAAGCUGACAUUUGCCUGCAUCUGAACCAGACUUUGCUGCAAAACUGCAAAGCCUUUCGAGGAGCAAGUAAAGGCUGCCUUAGAGCUUUGGCAAUGAAGUUCAAAACCACCCACGCGCCUCCAGGAGACACCCUGGUUCACUGUGGGGAUGUCCUAACUGCACUGUACUUCUUAUCCAGAGGCUCCAUAGAAAUCCUCAAGGAUGACAUAGUGGUAGCUAUUCUCGGAAAAAAUGAUAUCUUUGGAGAAAUGGUUCAUCUUUAUGCCAAGCCUGGCAAGUCUAAUGCAGACGUCAGAGCGCUCACGUACUGCGACCUGCAUAAGAUCCAGCGAGAAGACUUACUGGAGGUCUUGGAUAUGUAUCCAGAGUUCUCUGACCACUUUCUGACGAAUCUAGAACUGACUUUCAACCUGAGACACGAGAGUGCAAAGUCCCAAUCCAUAAAUGAUUCUGAAGGGGACACCUGUAAACUACGAAGAAGAAGACUGUCCUUUGAAAGUGAAGGCGAGAAAGAUUUUAGCAAAGAAAACAGCACAAAUGAUCCCGACGAUUCCACAGAUACAAUAAGGCGUUAUCAGGGUUCUAAGAAGCCCUUCGAAGAAAGAAAAAGCAGGUCGUCAUCCUUCAUCUCCUCCAUCGAUGAUGAACAAAAGCCACUCUUCUUGGGAACCAUAGACUCUACUCCAAGAAAGGUGAAGUCAACCCGACUCCACGGUGAAGAAACAGUGCCCCCCUCAGGAAGAAUCCACGUGGAUAAAAGAAGCCACUCUUGCAAAGAUAUCACUGAUGCACACAGCUGGGAAAGAGAGCCUGCCAGGGCUCAGGCUGAAGAAAGCAGUCCUUCAGGACUUCAGAGAGCUGCCUGGGGGAUCUCUGAAACUGAAAGUGAUCUCACCUAUGGGGAAGUGGAACAAAGGUUAGAUCUACUUCAAGAACAACUUAACAGACUUGAAUCCCAAAUGACAACAGACAUCCAGACCAUUUUACAGCUCCUGCAGAAGCAAACCACGGUGGUCCCUCCAGCCUACAGCAUGGUAACCGCAGGAGCGGAGUACCAGAGACCUGUCCUCCGGCUGCUGAGAACCAGUCAGACCAGAGCAUCCAUUAAGACUGACCGGAGUUUCAGCCCCUCCUCACAAUGUCCUGAAUUUCUAGACCUUGAAAAAUCUAAACUCAAAUCCAAAGAAUCCCCCUCAAGAGGAAGGCAUCUGAACACAGCCUCAGAAGAAAAGGUGACUUCACCUUCAACACGAGACGGCGAUGUGUCUGUAGAGCUUCACCCGCGGCCAAGAAAAACCUACCUUCAUCCCAUCCGGCACCCAUCUCUGCCAGACUCUUCCCUGAGCACUGUAGGGAUCCUGGGUCUCCAUAGGCAUGUCUCUGACCCUGGUCUUCCAGGAAAGUAAUUCUUUUGUACUAUUUCCUCCACAUCCAAUGUAAGUGCUUUUAAUGGCUGUUUUCCUUUUUGUAUUUAAAUCCUCUCUACUUGACUCAGGGGCUCACAAGUUACCAUUAUAUGCAAAAGUACUGUAUAUUUUUCCUAAAUUGAAGCUUGUAGGGUAAAGUUGAGCAGUUAGGAUGUAAAUAUACAUUAAGAGUUUUUGGUUCCAAAUGUUCAAACUGCCAGCAUCUCAAGGCACCUUAUUUUUUAAUUUUAUUUUUGAAAUCAUGUGCAUGCUAGGAAACUCCAGUUUCUCUUGCAUGGAGACUCCUAUUUGCCGCUAUUACUGAAUCAGUGCUUGAUUAUGAAAAAGCCUUCCAGCGAAUAAGAAACUGAGCAAUGAAAAUGGUCAGGAUUGCAACUCAGAUGAUCCUCCACUCAUGGGAUUUCAAGGGGGAUAGAGGGAAGUUAGUCACUUUGGAGAACGGAGUUCCUUCUCUAUUGACAUGUUUAUAGUUACUUACCUUCAUUUCCUAGGACAAUAAAGAGGCCAUGUUGGACUUACAUGUAUUAGAAAGGAAGUUAAAUCCAAAAACACCAAAGGAUAUGGUUCCUUCUUAAUAGAUUUGUAGUUUAUUAAUAUAAACUCCAGACCACUAUGGAAGCAAACACCUGUGAGGUUUCCUCAGGAACUCAGGCCCUAGUUUCAUGGCCCAGGUUUAGAAGACCUUCAGCAAGAGCUACUCAUUUUGGAGAAGUAACAGCAAAGCUGUCCCAGGAAACUUCUGGGAGCUGCAGUCUCUGGGCCAGUGAACAAUCUAUACAUAAGGAGUCUCUAUAUCCUGCUUUUAGACGGGCUAGUAGGAGUAGAGGAGAGACCUUUGUCUUUCUGCCCUACGUUUGGACAGACUGAGGAGGCGCACUGCUUCCCCAGGUUGUCUUCAGCUAAACCAUUAUGAAUACAGGACAAUAUUAGUGAGAGAAUAAAAUAGUCUCUCUAGCAAAUUCUUCAGGAGCUUCAUUCACGAGCUUCCUAAAACAUUUACAAUAGUACAUUUUUCUGAAGUCUUAAACUGAAGAUUUUGUGUGCUGGGGUGGCUCCUAACAUGCUCCUUACACAAAAAGACAUCCACAAUUUGUUCGGAUUUAUAUGAGACCAAUCUUUCAUUUGAUUAAAUAGUAGACACCAAUAUUUUUUAAAUGUUCAAUUUCAGAAUAUUUGUCAGCAAAAUUGUCUUUCAUUAAGAAUGGGGUUGUUUCCUUGCUUUAUUAUCCCAGCUGUGGCAAACACUGUUCAUUGGCCCACCUAGAACCUUUUAUUUUUUUAUUUGUUUAGUUUUUUGAGACAAAGUUUCUCUGUAGCUUUGGAGCCUGUCCUGGAACUAGCUCUUGUAGACCAGGCUGGCCUUGAACUCACAGAGAUCUGCCUACCUCUGCCUCCCGAGUGCUGGGAUUAAAGGCAUAUAUCACCACCGCCCCGGCUUAGAAACUUCUUAAGUAAGUUGAAAAUUAAGUGAAAAAUCCAUUACGUAUAGGAUAUACUGAUUCUAUAUUGAUUCCAUCACAAGAUAUAUAUAGUAGAAGAAUUCUAACACCUUUGAAUGCUAGAUACUGUUUUGGAAAAGGAGAUGGCAUUUGGAUUGUAAAAUCAACACAGGAAAAAAUACAAUUUACAAUUAAUGAUGGGUCAAACUCUAGUUAAAUUUUAUUUUCAAGUCAAUUAUAAUCUUAAAAUGAUUGUAUACUAGCCCUUAGCGUUCUUUUCUCCUGAACAAACACCUAGAAAUUUGUUGGGAGCCUCUUAGUUUUUCUAAAAAUUCUUAUGUUCCCACAGAGUUUUAAAUACUAGUUUGUAUGCACGUUAUUAAAUGGUUGAAUUUUCUUUCACCUUUGACACUAAUCGUUAAUCUACUUCAAAUGCAAGCAGUUUAUUAAAUGCAUGUAACACUAUUCCGCUAUUUAAAUUGUGAUGAGAGUGACCUUAAGCUGUGCUUUAUAUAAUGUUAAGCAGUCACAGAGUUUGCCAAUCUGCUCUGAGUGGGGGUAAACCUGUAUAGAGAGCAAGCUCUUAUUCUCACUUAAGAAAAGUAAUCAUAAGUGAUAGUGCACUUGUGGCAAAAGACCAGUGAAGUCAACGAAAGUAUAAUAAUUAGAAUGGGCUUCCCAAAUCUUAUGAUAUGGGACAGAUAGAAAUGUAGAUUCCAGGCCCCUUUCAUUCACUCAUUCAGCAAACUUUCGAACGAGGUGCCCCACACAGGAGAGAGAGAGUCCUGUAAGUAGCAAACAAUCUUGAUGUGGAUUUAGAGAUCUUAUUUCCAUAUUGGGACACAUUUCUGCAGCUGCAACACAUUUCCUAAGGACUAUUCUGCCUAAGCUCCAUGGGCAUUCCGAAUGCAUUCACCAGAGAUUGCUCAUUUGUAAGGAGAGAGGAUUUGGCAGGUGAGGAACUGAGAUCUGAUUGUUUGAUCUGAUUAGCAAAUGCUUCAGCUGCAACAUUUGGCGUGGCAUGCAUGCGAUUCGGCCUAUUUGAAGCCUCCAUUUAUACUUCUUUAUAAAAACUGGGCAUGCAGGAAAAGGAAGACAAGGGGUAGUAUACAAGCAUCCAGCUGGCUUAGAUUCUAGUACAAUCCAAACCCCUUCCCUUCUUAAUUCCUCCACAUAGAAUAAUUGUUUGCUGUUUAAAUCGUAAGUCUCGGAGGAUUGUGUAGCGUUUCUUUUUUUCCACAGAAUAUUAAUUUUAAAGGUUCCCAAGCAACAUAAACAUACACAUAGUAGUAAAUGUCAGAUGAACACUGGAACUGACUUAUGGAUAACAAAAGCAAUCAUCCUGACACACAAUCUGCAUUCCCUUGUUCCAGCCGAAAAAUAACCUUAAAAUAGCAUUUCUCUACUUAGCACCCACAGUAAAUGCAAUCUGCCACCGCCAACUUAGGGUCCUGCCUAAGGCUGGGUGUAAAUGCUGCACCAAUCUAAAAGCAGCCCAGCUUUCCUUGGAAAGAAUUAGAAGCACUGACAUAACACCUUUGCCUUUAACCUAAAAUUAUUAUCGGUCCCAUGCCCUUAAAAAAAAAAUGCUGUCUUAAAGUUUAUUUGGCUGAGAUGUUCUCCUGCUGCUAUUAAUUGCUGGACAGAGAAUUGCCUCUAAGACUCAUCAUUUUAUCCCAGAGGGGAGUCCACUACUUUAAUUAGUUGAUGAGAAAACCAGGAAUAAAAAAAGACAGAACUGAUUCUUUUAAUAUAAUAGUCACUAAUUCAACAAAACAGGGGAAAGCAGGGGGCCAAUUUGAGACAACGUAAAUUCCAAGUCCAUUAUCAUGUACUGGCUAUCAGAAUUAAGUUUUCUACUCUUCUAGUCAGGUAUAGUGACACUAGGAAUCAGGUUUAGUAUGUGUGUAUUGGAGCUCAAGGCUGUGUGGCCUUGAACUUGCACAAUGGCUCCAAAAUACCCAGGAGAAAAACAUUUAUAUCCAAAUGUCAAUUUCAAAUCACAACUUACACAUUAUAGGUAAGAAUGAAAUGUAUCACAUCCUCAGUAUAUAUAAAAGAGUAACUAAAAUACAUAACAUGCUUUAUAGUCAGGGAAAAAAGCAAUUCAGUAGAUCAAUUAGCUAGAAAUGAACUGCAAUUGGCUAUAAAUUAACAUAAAGGACUCUAUAUUGUUGAUUCAUGGAUAAAAACAAAACCAGAAAACAAGUUCUCAAUGUGUUAAUGGGCUUGUCAUUCAAUGUUUAAAACUUUUAGAUCAAAAAAUUGAGUAGCUAUUUCAUUUUUAAUCCCAGUUUUGUAGUAACAUAAACAUGUCAAUACUCUGCAUUCCAAGAGGCCCUGGGAAGACAGCUUGCUGUGGGGUGUCGGCAAGCUGUUGUCUUAAGAUGGCAGCGCUCACAUCACCUCAGAACUUGGAAAUGAAAAGUUCUGGGUCUCAUCCCAGAUCCCAUUAAAAAAAAAAAAAAAAAAGUGAAGGCUGGGACUCAGCACUGGUUCAAUGAGCUCUCCUUAGCAUGGUCUGUGUGCGAACUGAAACACAGAGGUCCGCAAAGUGUUCCCUGUCGUCAGGCCAACUGGAGCCUAGCAGCUGUUCUUCCAUUCACACGCCGCAUGGCCCUGAGUGAAUCUCCCUCUCUGAGUUUUCUCCUGAAUCUUAAAAAAUGAGAUGAUAGUUGUUGCCUCACAAAAGUCUGAGGAACAAAAUCGAAUAAAGGAAAGUGCCUGGCACAAAGUAGGUGCUUAAAAAAAAAGAAUCCUAAAAUGCCCCCCCCCCGCGCGCCACUGCAAGAAACAGGACAUUAAAAGCAAUUAAUAAGAAAAGUUUUCUUUUGAACAAGUGCUGAGUAACUGAAUCGCUGUUCCCAUGAUGAAAGCUUUUGAUUCUGAAAAACGUAACUGUAGCUACCAUCUUCCCUUAACUUUGUGCCAUUAGCGCUGCAACGUUAAAGGAAGAAUAUUGAUAAUAACAGCAGUGAGAAUAUGAUUCCCACGGUCAAAAAAAUAAUAAUUGCUCUGAAUUAAUGUCAGAUUCUGCACUGUGCAGUGUCUCCUUGGAUAUGAGUGUUCCCACAUGGGUAUUUCACACAGUGGUGUUCAGGUAGUGGCAUGACAAUAAUUGCCACGUGAGUAUCUGUCUUGCCUCCACCCAACUCUCCACACUGACACUCAGUAUAUAACAAACCCCCAAGGUGGUUUUCAUGCCCCUGCCAACAAUGAGGUUGCUAAAAGGAAACAGGAUUGGAGGGGCCACCUCUUCUGCCUUAGCUCCCAACACCUAUAGACACAUCCACAAUGCAGAUGUGCAGAUGUUUUCUUGGUUUUACAUAGGUUGCCCCUUCUCUCCCUGAUGCCCCAGAUGUUCUCAUUUAGAGCUGCGUGCUUCUGUUUCUUCUUAAACUGGUGUUAGCCUUUUAAAAACUAAAGGCACAUAUUUUCAAUGCUUUAUAAAAUAUUAGGUAUCAUGACUAAGCAAGGUCCGCUCAUGCCUAGAAUGUCAUUAUAUUCUCUUUUGGUAAAAUACACUUUGUUUUAAAGCCCAGUAUAAAAAAAAAAAAAGCAAAAUUCAUAGAAGAUGCAGACUGACAUUUAACAGCAUGAAAAGAAACUACCACAGAGAUUAUUUCGUUGACUAGUACGUGGAAGUUGAGAGAUGACUAACUGGAAGUUAUUUUAAACUAUCAUGUUAUAACUAUAAAUGAGAAUAAAAAAUCACAGAAAUGGAAUGUAUUCAAAACUGUACACCCAGAUGACCCAGUGCAUCGCUUUACCAGUCAUGAACAAACCUGUAAACAAACACAGUAAAAACAACCGCGAUAUAGCAUUCCCAAUUGAAUAUUUUUAUUGUGUGACGUGGAAAUGUGAACAUGGCUAUUCUUUUAAAAGUAAUAUCAAGACUUAGAUUAAUUCCUAAACUGUACUCAUGUCAUCUGUUUUGUAAGUUGUGAAAUAAUUGGGGACACCUGUGAUUUCAAAGCGUUCUAUGCUUAACUCACAUUCUCUGGGCUGCUUCUGGUAUAUUAUGAUGCAGUUUUAAAACUCCCACGUGUGAAUAACCACAACUGUGAGCAUUUCAACUGUAUUAGUUUUCAUUUUGAUUUGCAUUGUUUGCGGGUGUAUAAGCAUAGUCUACACCACAUUCCUUAUCCCUAACUAGAAGGAGACUUGAAGGAUGGAUAGAGUUGUGACGAGCUCUCCCCACAUUCUCCUCAUAGAGUUAUGACAGCAACGAAAUGGCAUGGCACCCUUCUCCCAAGUGGUACAAAAACACGAUUAAAAAUAUCAAGAAAUCCCUACUUUAUGCCUAGGCGCCUAUGGAUUUGAAUGGAAGGCCCAAGACCUUUUCAUAGCUGAAAUGUUCAGCUUAUAAUGCUGAUGAGAAAAUAUAUUAUCCCAGAAGGCUUGCCAGUCAGUGAAUAACGUACUUCAGAAAAGAAUAUGUGUGAUCACUUGAAAACGUGAUCUGAUCUAAGAAAGCUCAUUCACACCCUGUUACGUAGAACUUGAGAAUGCUUUAAACGAAACAAAAUCAACGACCAAAACACACACUACUUCAUAGUCUUUAUGCACAUAAUGUAGCAUGGAAUCAUAAUGCUUUUGAAAUAUUCUGUGCAGAAAUAUUUAUUUUUUAGCCAAUAUUUUCCUCAAAGAUUGGUAUGCGGUAUUGACAGUGUAAUCUAUUUGCACAGUUAGUUUUGCAAUAACCUUCUACAAAUAAUUGUACAUAAGAAAAAUGUAAAUUUCCUGUAAAAAAUGGUUGCAACAUUUUGGUAGCUGAAAGAAGUAUACAAGUUGUAUUGAAAAUAUAUAUAUAUAUACCUAAUUCAAGAAUGAAACAUAAUUUAUGAUCUAUUUAUACAAAAAAAAUUCAAGAAUUUGUAAAAGAAUUUAUUUUGGGGGAAAAGAAAGUAAAUCUUAUUAGCUAGCUAGUGUACUUUUAAUAGCGAAGCCAACAAAUUCCAACAUUUUAUUAGGUACAGCUAGAUAUAGGCAUGGUGGUGCUGAUCAAUUCGAAAUCCACAUCAUUGUAACAGUGCUACAGUUUUACCGAAGCCCAGUAGACCAAGAGCAGGCUGGGCUGAGUGGCGGAAGCAUUAAAUCUGAAUGGAAAGAACUCAGAAACAUUUUACUUAUUGCCCCAUCAGAACUAUGGUAGCAAAUGACUGACAUGUUUGUUGUUCACUAAAAUUUUCUGAAGAAUAAAUGGCCUUUAACAUGCAUUCAAAAUAGCUCAUUUGUAACGAAAGCUUGGCUCAUCUUUUCAUUAAAGAAUAAAAGUAUGCAGCUAUGA